AUGGAAAGAAAUGAAAUUAUUAACACGUUAAAUUCCGGUGAACGUAUAGCGAGUAUUUAUGCAGAUACUUUUCUGAACAAUAGUUACUGCGGUUAUGAAAAACCCGACAGUGAUGAAAGAGAAAUAGUUGAAGCAGAAAAUGAAAAUGUUUUAUCUGAAGAUGAAUGGCGAUCGCCUAGUGACUUAUUAAUAGGUAUAUUGGAUUUAUCUCCACCAUUUACUUCAAAAAUAACAAGAGGUAAAACUCAUAAAGGUAUUCUUGAAAUUGGCGAGGAUUUACUAAACAAGGAACGUGUUAGAUUUUUACGAUACGUAAAAAAACUAUUAAAUGAAAAUGAAGGCGUUUGGAGUCAUAUUUUAGAACAUGAAAAAACGGUGGUAGCUAAAAAAGUCAAAGAAAAGUACAAAGAAAUACUAAAUCAGAAGAGUGCUAAAUUAAUAGAGGAAAUCAAUAAUUUUUACGAAUGCUCUCUUCAAGAUCUUGAGAAUCAUAUGCGCAAAGAAAUAGCAGAAGUAUUAAUUACUGCUCACGCUAAUAUUAUAAAAGAUGCAAAUGUAGAAAUAAAAGAAAAACUUCAAAAAGAAAGAAAUAUUCUUGAAGAUAUCUUACAAAAACGAUAUGAAAGCGAAGUUAAAAAAAUAAAACAUUAUUAUCAACUCAUUUUAGACAACGAAAACUAUAGAAACAAUAAGCUUUUAAAUCAAGCUCUUCAUAUGAGAAAUGAUGCUGUAAAAGCGUUUUGCAAACAAAUAGAAGCAGAAAAUAUUACAAGCACCAUGUACAUGAUGUGCACAGAAAGAAAAAAGUGCCGAAUAAAACAAUUUAUACUUGAUAACUAUCAUAACCUAGAAAUAACAGAAAAAUUAAAGAAACUUAAAGAGCGGCAAGAAGUAAUAGAUGCUUUUAAAGAAAGAGAGAAACAUAUUACGGAUAUUAACAAAGAAUGGGAAGAGAAGAUAAAAAAAAUACUUCAGUUAUUUUUGAAGUUUAUCAGUUAUACUUUACAACUAUUACCUGAACAAAGUACAUUUUUACUAGAUUUAGAAAAAAUGUUUGUUUUACAGCUUAAUGAAAUACAAAAAGCCCCGUCUAAAACAUCUAUACUAGUAGACGAAGACACCAUUCCAAAUUUUGAAUUUCACGAGGCUGAAAAAAAGGAAGUAGUAUGUGACAAAGAGCCUUUUGUAAUAGUGGGUGAUAUGACAGAAUCUAUUCCUACUCCAUACGGUAGCCGAGAAACUCUUCCUUCUAAAGUUGAACUCCCAUCGGUCAGGAUUCAAAGACAAUUCAUUUAUGCUAAAUGCAAUAAAUUCCAAGAAGUUAAAGCUCUUUUAGAAGAACAACGUUGUAAGUGCAGAGACGUGAUACAAGAUACUACUACUCCACCUGACUCUGAUAAAUCUCCGCCACCUCCUACAGAUCUAGGAACUACAAUUGAAAGUGAGUCAUCAAAUGAGGUUUUGCUUAUGGAUGAUAUUGAAAUACUACAAGAUUGCCCAGGUAGGCGCUGCCAGAAUUGGGCAAAAAGAUUUCAGUUCCCAUACUUAAAUAGUUACUUAGAUUUUACAGAUAAAAAAUAUGACAUAGUAAAGACCGUACUCGGUAAACCUCGCAAACAUGACGCUGCUCCCGAAUUAAUAAAUCUAAGAGAUAUAGUAUGGCAAGAGUUGCCCUUUUCUGCAACCCGUGAGAAAUAUCACAACAUAGGCACUCAAUAUUCGAGUGAAGAGGACUUGUCAGUACUUGAUGCGACAUGCACAUGCCAAGAUGAAGUCGCCUCAAGGCUGAAAGUUAAUAAAAUAACUACAGCAUCAUUUAAUGAGGAGGUUGAUAAUGUAAUACAAAAACGACGACGAUCAUUACAACGAGUCAUGCACAACAAUCCUAACUUACUUAAAAUGUUCACUGAUGAAAGUUUUGAUUUUGUAUAUAAUAUAACUUUGGAUCACACACUUUAA